GCUCCCUGAUCCAACCUCGGGGGUCCCUGAGCCCCCAAACCUGGGCAACCAGCACCUGGAGAGCUCCCUGACCCAACCUCGGGGGUCCCUGAGCCGCAAACCUGAGCCCCCAAAGCCCCGUGGGACCGGAGGAGCUCCCCAAGAGUCUCUGAGGUCCCCAGGCUGGGGGUCCUGGUCCCUGUGAUCCCCCAGCUCCGCUUCGGUGACUCCACAGCCCCCUGGAUACAGGGACCCUCUGCCCCACCUGGGGGUCCCAGCUCUGACCCCCCACCAUCCCAACACUCCUGUCCCCAUUCCACAGAUCCCUCCCAUUCCACAGAUUUCUGCCUCCCCUUUCGCUCAGACCCUUCCCCUUUCAGCCCCCCCCCCAGACACCCACCCGAGGGCACGAGGAGGGGACAAGGACCCCCCCAGGCCACCCCCUGCCAUGGCUGGGCAGGAGGAGAAGACCCUUUGUGGGGACCGUGAGGGGACGUCCCCAGGAGUGACCCUCAGCGACAGCCUCGUCCUCACCAGGAGCAGAUCCACGGAGCUGCUGCCCCCCUCCGCCAUCCGCCUGGACCGGGAGAACAUCUCCUCCAUCGGGAAGCUCCAGGAUCAGGGAGGGAUCCACAGCCUCUACCUGCAGCAGAACAAAAUCGAGAGGAUCGAGAAUUUGGGCUCUUUUCCCAACCUGAGGUUCCUCUGCCUGGCUGGAAACCGCAUCCAGAGGGUGGAGAACCUUCAGCCCCUGCCUCACCUGUGUGCCCUGGACCUGUCCCACAACCUCAUCCAGGUGCUGGACACAGAGGAGCUGCCCCGGAGCCUCCAAAUCCUGGAUUUAACGGGAAACGAGUGCACCCGGCAGCAGGGAUACAGGGAGCUGGUGUUGGGAGCGCUGCCCCACCUCCUGCAGCUGGAUGCCCGGCCCCUCCGUGGCAAGGAAGAGGAGGGAGGAGGCUCUUCCCGUGGCGAGGAUGAGGAUGAUGAGCUGCUCCCCGAGCCCAGCGGCCCCUUCACCGUGGACAAAGGUUUCUUCGCGGAUCUGCGCCGGGAGCUGGCCGGGCGCUCCCAGCGGCGGCGGAGGGAGACGCUGGAGGAGCACCGGGAGCGGCUGGAGGAGCUGCAGGAACGCCGGGAUCUGCUGCUGAGCCGGGAUCGGGAUCGGGAUGGAGCCCCCGGCCCCGCGGCCCCGCAGCCCCGGCAGGGCCAUUCCCGGCCCCGGGCACAGCCAGGGACACCCGUCCCGGGAUCCCGCGGGUCCCAGCGAGCUCCUGGUGGCGUCCAGUCCCGGAGCAAAGCUCUGGAGAAGGAGACUGGUUCCAAAGGAACAGGGAAUAGGCAGUUAUCCCAAAUAUCCCGUGGCCGGGAGUAAAGGUUUUGUUCCCACCCCAA